GCAGUGCGCAUGCGCGGGGAGAGCUCUGGUCGCGCAGGGGGAGGAUGGUGGUCGGACCAAGCUGACGGCCAGGCUAGAAAGGCAUGCCGCCCAAAUACGACAGGAGAGCACAGACGCAGCGCACCGAAAGCCGGUCCAACCUUGUUGGCAAGUUCACGACAUCCGUAAAGAAGUUUGUCCAAGAUGUUGAGUUCGACCACACCCGUGAAGGCGCGGUCCAGACGAGUGAAAGACUCUUCAUGGCCGAACAGAAGGUCAGUGAGUCCUAUCAGACGGUCAAGUGCGCCCUGAUCAAGCUGCACGAACGGUACGAGGCCUCCAAGGCGGAGCGGAACAUCGUCCACCGCUACGCCCUCUUCAAGGCGAUGGUGAAGGAUGUAACCUGCCUGGACACGCAGUACUGGGUACUGCUGGAUCUUCCCCGCCAGGAGAAGCAGGAGCAGGUGAACGCGUACGUGUUGCGCGCCUGCGCCACGCUCGAGAAGGCGUCCGAGUCGAGGACGCAAGACGCCGCCGCCAGGGCCACCGCAGACGAGGAGGCCCGCGAACGCAAGCAGAGGCUCGACGGUAUGACGGUGCAGGAGAUCGAGGAAGAGAACGCACAAACCAUCAACGACCUGUACCGCCUGCUGAAGAAGUACAGCAACCUCCGGGGCAUCGUGCACGGACUGCAGAUUGCCUACACGGACGCUAAGGUGUACCCUUUCAUACCGCGCUACAACAUGCUCAAGGAUAUGAUCAAGUGCGUGCUCCGGGACCCGAGCUACAUGGAGGUCUGCCACGAAGACAUCUCCCGGACCUAGUGGCGCCGCCCGCUUGCCGCUGGUUGCAUCAGCCUAUCGCUGCUGCCGCGCUCUGUCGUAUCUCGCUCUAUUUCAACACCGCUGACUCGCUCGAAACGGACCGCGGCACCAGACGCAGCGAAAGGCCCGGCGCUCUGCUCGCUGAGAGGGGGCCGCGGUCACGUCGCGCUGCAUUGCUGCUGUUGCACUCCGCGCCUUCCGGUCACGCCCAGCCUAAGCGCAAACGUUACACAAGUUGUCCGGCCUAAAUACAAGGUAGUUACAGUUGGCAUCUUACUUUUUUUUCUCACAUUCGGCUUUGCUGACACUUUGUGUUUCUUUUGCAUCGAGCAAUACCAAGGAACGCUCGCGGGAGCAAAGAAAAUAGCUCUAAAACCAGUCUGUCACUUCAGUGGUAUCUGCCUGGGCGUGCACUGAAUGCGCGCAGAGCGCGUGUCACUGGAUAGCUGGCCGGUGGUAACGCGGCGUCAUUCGUGUCAGCAUGGCAAGCGAACCAUCGCCACCGGUGAGGCGUCCUGUCAGAGAAACCGGCUCACUGCAACGCUCACGUGUGAGCGCAACACACUUAUUGAGUUAAUUGCUCGGCUGACAAGUAACCAUUCCGAAGAUACUUUAAUUCUUUCGUUCUUUUUUCGCCUUCUUCUUCUGGCAAAGACGCGUGAUACGCAGGUUCCUCUUCCUUUGUUUUUGCUUGUUGUCGCGGCAACGUCGUUAGCUUGGUGGCCGGCGCCGAAUGUAUACGACGGGCGCCAGAUUUACCGUGCAUAGGUGUUGUCGGCGUGGCGCCCGGGCAUCGUUUCUUGGGGCAAAAGUGAAAAACUGUCUCGCGACCUAAGAGGCGCACACCUGGUUCGUCGUUACCGCGGUCAUUAAGACAUCCAUUAGAGACCGAGCGCCGCCCCUCUCAGGCCCCGUUCCCCCAUCAAAGAGCACUAGCGGCGACACGCGAGCCAUCUCGUUUUUUUCCCCCCCAUCGAUGGACACUGCUCGUCUUGCGCCGCGAUUACGAAGACCGCUCGGGUGUCAGACGACUGAACUCGGCGUUUGGAAAAACUUCCUCGCCUGUCUGUGAACUCACUUACUGCACACGGUGCCGCUUAACGUACACACACGAAAACUCACUGUCGUUUCAACGCUUCUCAGCAACGAUGAGCUUACGCGUCCUAUGUAAUCCGCGCAAAUUAACUUACUCGAGGGCCAAUUUUAGCGUACCUUGGGCACGCGACCAGUUUGCCACGGGCAUAUUUAACAUCACUAUGUAUUGUACGCCAAGGAGGAGUGAAACAGACAAGAAAUUAAUAACGCACACGGAAGACAACGCCGGGCGCCUUUUUCUCUCUCUUUUUUUUUUUUUCGUUCACCUUUCCACUGUCGAGGCGUUCGGGCUGUGUGGUAUAUAUGGAGCCGUGCCCUAGGUGAACUGGUUGGGAAGACGUGCUUUCGGAGUCGCGAAGCGACUGCGUUGUCUUGUCGCGCACAGCUGCGCGAUGUUGCUAGACUGCCGCUGCAGGUUUUCUGAGGGCAUGGUCCUUUUUUUUUUCCUCCUUGGCUGCAUAAUCCCGUGGUCUGCUCUCCGAAAAGAAAAAAAAAAGAACUAUCCGGUAUCGCGCUGUCGUGGAGAGAUGCUAGGGCGGGGCCGUGUGUACCGUAGAAACACGCGGCGUCGCUCAGAGAGACAGGGGUCGGCAACCUUUUUGCAGAAGUUGGCCGGGUUACCGAAAAAGCGUCAGAUAGUGGGCCGGGCUGUGCGCCCAGCACCUGAGCAAUAUAUAUAU